AUCAAGCCAAGGAAUUAAAUAUGUCGCUCUCGUUCAUUCGUAUUGGGCUUGCUUGUGCUUGCUGCGAGUAAAUUGAGCUUGAGGCGCAUAGCUGCGUUGAAAAUCAAUUUUUAUUUAAUUUUCUAUGAAUUAAAUUCAUGUGUUACUAUUUCGAUUCUAUCGUAUUAUGAAGAAUGGAAUGUACACAUUUAUUAGAUAACGUCAAGGUAGAUAAUUUCAACGUUGAGGACACGACGAUCACAAAGAACUUCAAUUGUUCAGAAUGUGCUGUAGAGGAACAAAAUUGGUUGUGUCUGCAUUGUGGGGUAGUCAACUGCGGCCGCUAUGUCAAAGGUCAUGCAAAGCUUCAUGCAGAGACACUUGAUCACCAGCUUUGUAUGAGCUGUGACGUCUAUUCUGUUUACUGUUACAAAUGUGAUGAUUAUGUAUCAAAUGAUUUGGAUUAUAGCCCAAUAGAUAAAAUAAGACAAAGUAUUAUGAACCUUAGACGGCAACAUGAUGCAGAAACCAAUGGUAAUUUAGAACAAUGCGAGGACAACAGCAAGGAUGGCAGUGAGGGGUGUAACAGUGUGUCCAGUACCUCAGUAUCGGAUAAAGCAACAUCUCCCGGAGGAAGUGGCGAUGACUCCAGAACACCUGAUGUUAUAUUAUCUACCGUGUCGUUUGGCGAUGUACCUAAUCUGACUCCAGAAACCAGCGAAACUAAACAUCCAAAAAGUAUUAAGAAUUCUGAUGAACCAGUUCGCAGUCUAAGACCUCGUUCACGCAAAAGAACUCACUCGGACGAAAGCAGUUCUACCGAAAACAGCACCACACAGCCAUCUAGAAAUAAGGAAAAGAAAACAUCACCAUGCAAUGGAAAAAGUCAACGAGAGAAGAAAGUUGUAGGAUUAAAAAAUUUAGGCAAUACUUGUUUUAUGAAUGCGGUACUACAAAGUCUUAACAAUAUACAGGAGUUUAGUUGCUACUUUAGUCAACUGCCGUCACUAGAAAUGAAGACGAAUGGGCGUAAAGUGUAUCAUUCGAGGAGUUAUACGAGGCAGGAGAUGCAUGAUGUUGUCAUGGCUGAAGAAUUAAGGAAGGUCCUCAUAAAUUUGAACAGCGGUUGCGGUUCAAAGGGCGCUAUAUCUCCGGAAUGCUUGUUCCUCGUCAUCUGGAAGGUGGUGCCGCGGUUCAGGGGCUACCAACAGCAGGAUGCUCAUGAGUUCCUGCGCUAUAUGCUUGACAGACUGCACACAGAGCUGCAACAGUUGCUGCCGGACCGCGCGGACAGCGGCUGUGUUCCGCGCGCACCGUCCGCGUCCAUCGUCACCGCGGUGUUUGGCGGCACGUUGCAAAGCGAAGUGCGUUGUCUAGCGUGCGGCACUGAGAGCAAAAAGUUCGAUCCAUUCUUGGACCUAUCGCUGGAGUUACCUGAAAUUGGCAGACACGAGGCACCCGUCGCCCUUAGCGACUGUCUAUCAAGUUUCGUACAGGUGGAAGAAUUAGCAGACACGGAGCGUUACUUCUGCAGCAGUUGUAAGAGCAAACAGAAGUCUACCAAGCAGUUCUGGAUCCGCCGACUACCCAACGUGUUGUGUCUACAUUUGAAGAGAUUCCGGUGGCAUAACUAUUUCAGAACCAAGGUGGACACGAGCAUAUCAUUCCCGCUGCGGUCGCUGGACAUGUCCCGCUUCGUGCUGAGCAACGUGCCCGACACGCGGCGCUCGGGGCAGGGGAACAACCUCUACGACCUCGCCGCCGUCAUCGUGCAUCACGGCUCCGGCGCGGGUUCGGGUCACUACACGGCAUUCGCGAUCAACGAGGAGCAAUGGUUCCACUUCAACGACCAGACGGUCCGCGCGGCCGACGCCGCCGCAGUCGCCGGCUGCAAGCCCUACAUCAUGUUCUACAUCCGCCGCGAGCUGUCGCUGCCGCCGCUGCCGCUGCCCGUGCCACUGCCCACGUGACCUCCACACCCACCCCCCACCACGCACAGGAACAGGCGAUAGCUACCUGAAUAUAUAACCAUGAUAUAAUCACUUCAGAGUUCUGAUACUGUGUUUUGUAAAUUAUAGUUCUCGAUACGUCAAAUAAAGAGCUACAAUCUCACUAGACGGACUUAAAAUUACAUUUAAGGAAUUUGACGCUGAAAUUCAUUGUGCAAUUUUCAAUAUACACUCUACAAAGUCGAUUUUGCACAAUACUUUACAUAUAUUGUGCAAUUUAAUUGAUCGUCUAGGCAGCGCCUUAUGUUACAUCAGAUGAUUUGAAUAUUUGCCGGUUAAUAACGUUGACUAUCUCAGCGGCUAAAAGACGACCUUUAGCCACGACGACUUUAUUAAAUUCUAAAAUGACGACUUUAUUAAGUUCUAAAACUAAAUUCUACGUAAUUAAGUUGUAUGAUAAUGUUAACUUGAAAAACUCAGUAUCGGCACUCUGAUCUACCGCAUGCGGUUGCCCGCAAGUUGGUGACGGUAACUUUGUAAAUGCGAUGCCCGCAUGCGGUGAGAGGACUGCGUGCGAAAACCAUGUCAUAUAUUUUUAUUUUACCUCUUUCAUAAAACUUGUACAUUUUACCUGAAAUUGUUAAUUAAUAGGCGCGUCAUACGGAACAUCACCAUUUUAGUUGUAACACCUAUAAAUAAGUAGUUUAGCGUACACUUAACAUUCAAGAAGAAUGAAAAACGCGCUGUGAGUUUUCCUCUUAAAAUCUUUGGUAUUUUAAUCGUUAGCUGCGCCUCCAUUUUGGAUAUCCUCAUGACGUCAGCAAGUGGCAAAUACUACACGUCAAAUAAGUUUGCCUCUCUGAAAUCAGCCAUUCUUUGCCUCACAUAUGCGCAAUAGUGUUUUGUUCAUACAUUUUACCUGAUGCGCAGUUGCUAAUAUCCAACUUUGGAGUGGCAGAGUUAUUUGACGUAAGCUGUGGAACACCUUUCAAGAUGACAUUUCAAAUUGGUAGUUUUGUUGACAAUGAUCUCGUCUACUUAAACAUUGCUAUCGUCAGUACUAAAAAGAUUGAGGCUUGCGUGAUAUCUCGCAGUUCAAAUUAUCUGAACAAUGGACGAUACGUGUGGUCGCCUCGCAUAUAUACGACGCGUCGCGAAGCAUCUAGAUAUACAAACAAUUAGAAUAUAAUACCUUAUUUCUCGCCUGAAAUAUACGAUCGACACGGAAAACAUAGGCCUUAUCGUAGCUGUAACUAGUUCAAUAAUCAACAAAAACAUGGAAUUUAUUUAUUCGUCUGUUGAAAUGUACCGAGAUAGGAUUGUGUGAUACUUUAUCGCAGUGCUUUGAAAGUUUAAGAUUUGAGCAUAUUGAAAUUAAAUCAUGUAUGUAUAUUUACCAUUGAUUAACUUAUUGAAAUGUAAACUUUUUACAAUACAUAUUAAAGUCCAUUUUACGGCGGCAUUCCUGUGUGUUUGAGCAGGUCUCAGUGAUUUUGUACAUUUACUAUAACUUUCUUUUUUAAUAUUGAUAGGUCUCAUAAAAAAGGGUAACUCAAAUUAGAGUGUUAUCGCCUGUAAUGAAAUAGCUCCUACUUUUUCAUACGACUGCAUAUUUUCUAAUGUAUUUCAACUUUUUAAAUAUAUAAAUGUAAUACGGCGCAUAUACGCCCCAUUUACUUGAAGCACUAUAUUUUGACUUUAAUAGUGUUUCACAUUUUGCUAAACUGUUACAUCGAUAAAUAACUGUCUCUAGUGGAACUUCUGUGAAUGUUAUUUGGUUCUAGAUAAAAUUAUUGAACAUCAGUAAAUAUUUCGAUGUAACUGUGUAUUGUGUAGCAUUAUUACCCUCGCCUCUAUUCUAUAAAACAUUACGUUACAUAGAUAUAAAAUGAAUACUCAUACAAAUUGAAUAGUUUAUGCAUUUGUUGACAAAUCAAUAUUAUAUAGAGUUUGUGCUCCUUACGAGUUCGACUACUGAUUACUUACAAUAAUGAUGUAUUUUAAAAGCGUGAUAAAUUGUUACUGACCUCACGACGGGUAACAAGAUAAAUGCCAUAGUUAAGAUGCAUUUCACAUUAUGAUUAGUUUAUGAAACUGGGAUUUUUGUUUAGUUAGGAUUCUGUCCGUUUGCAGUACUAAUUGUAUGAUAUUUUACAUUCCUUAUUCCACAUCCUCUUGAUCUACAUCGAUUGCAUGGUGAAAUAACUAAAAAUUUAAGCCAGUUAGUCAACGUGAGUCUAAAUU